AUGAUCUCUUUGUCUUUCUUAUCAGCAACUUUUUCGGGGCGGCCAAAUUUAUUGACUGCCGUGACAAGCGAAUUUAUUGGAGAUCGUAUCAAUAAAAUUCUAAUCGAUUUACAGCAAAAUGUGCAGACAAAGAAGCCCAAGAAGGUGCGUGAAAAGAAGGAGUAUACACCAUUAUCACCGGCUACAACGGCUAACAAGGCCAAGAAACACGAGGAGAAAGCUCAGAUGCUUCAGAAGCGUAAGGCUGACAAGAUGGCUGAAUACGUCGCGCCGAGUGAGAAAGAGACAAACAAGAAACGCAGAAAACAAAAGACUGAAGCCCGAGAAAUUAACAAGCUUGUUACUUCUGUUGAGGCUCUCAAACAGAAGUUUUUGAGCCAGAAGAGCACAAAAGGAACAAUGGACUCGAAAGCUGUUUCAUCCGCCAGCGACUACUUGGCUGGUUCGGCCAAGAAGAAUUUAAAGAAGGCUAAUGUGUAA